ACAUUGCUAGCACUCUGUAGAUCUACUUGCUAGGAAGGCUGCUUGGAUGAAUCAUAGCAUUUGUGUUUUUUAUUGAGCUGAUUUCACCAUGUUUCCUCUCUCUGCAGAGCCCAAGCCUGUCUGUGUCUACAAUAAAACAGAAUAUCAGCCAGGAGCAGUUGUUCCCUCAGACAAGUGCGAGGAUUGCAAAUGUGGCUCCACUGUAGAUCCGGACACUAAACUCCAUUCUGUCGAGUGCACCCCAGUGAAGUGUGAUGAGAGCUGCAAGCUGGGCUCUGAAUACGAGGCUGUGCCCGGUGAGUGUUGUGGCAAGUGUGUGGAGAAGAACUGUGUUGUUAUGUUACCUGGCAACACAACACAAAUCCUUGAGCCCGGCCAGAUCUGGACACCUCCAAAUGACAAGUGUUCAAAGUACAAAUGUGAGAAGAUAGAGGAUCAGCUGGUUCCUGUUGAAGUGAAAAUGGUCUGCCCUGAAUUCAACCCAGAGAACUGCAUUCCUGGCACUGAAAAAACUGAUGAAGAUGGAUGUUGCGAAACCUGUACUUCACAUCAGGACUGCAAAGUCAUGAAGAACAGCACUCACCUGGAGAAAAACGGCUGCAAGACCACAGAGCCUGUGGAAGUCAACUCCUGCGAAGGCAACUGCGCAACCUCCUCCAUGUACUCUGUGGAGGCUAAUUCUAUGGUUCACGCAUGCUCCUGUUGUCAAGAGAUGUCCACAAGCAGCAAGGAGGUGGAGAUGGCCUGCCCAGAUGGGACAAAGAUCAGCUACACCUACACUUACGUUGAAACAUGUGGCUGCAAGCCCUUGGAGUGCCCUGAGGAAAAAUCUUCCCAGAAAGUAUCACGGCGAAGGCGUCGAUGAACCAACGGGCAGAUUCAUGGCCGCCACUCCUCUGAUGAUCAUUCCUCGGGUUGACCGUAUAAAGACUAUACAAUUCUCCCAAUAGAAAAAUGUUAGGGAGAAAAUAGGGGGAUUAUCACUGCAUUAUAGUGUCUAUCUUAGCUUUAACCGUUUAUAGAAUAUAGCUGCUUAUAGAAGAGUGUUUCUGUUCUUACCUGUAUUAACCUCUUAAUAAACUGUAGCAACUAAACUGA